GAUCUUCCUGAACCACAAAAUUCUAAAAAAAUAAACGAUCAAUUUUAUAAUGUUUCGGGAUCCAUGGAAUUUGAUUUUACAAAGAUAAAUUUUGAAGAUUGGUGUGAAAAGAAUUAUGAUGUUACAUACUACAUAGCCGAAUUUUUUAACACAAUAUCAUCAUUUUGUAUGGUUUGUGCUGGUGUGUUCGGUGUAAUGAUGCACUAUAAAGGUUUUGAAUUACGUUAUCCUAUAGCAUUUGCUUCGAUCGUAGUUAUUGGAAUAGGAUCGAUAUUAUUUCAUGGAACGUUAUUAUUCUCAUUGCAAUUAUUUGACGAAAUACCAAUGAUGUUUUGUAUAUUAACGUUAUUAUAUAGUGUAGUUGAAAAUAAACCUCAAAAAAGAUUUGGCAAUUGGUUUCCCAUUCUAUUAAUUUGUUGGGGUAUUGGUAUAAUUUACGUUAUGGUAAAAUCUGGUAAAGAAUAUGAUAACAAAUUCAUGCAAGAAGUUGAAUUUUAUGUAUUCCAAGGCACAUUUGUUGCUAUGGCAAUAUUCGUAUAUGUUCAUACGAUAUUGAUUGUACUAAAGCCUUAUGGUGAACCUUCUAUCACCAGACUUUGGUUAUUAGGAAGCGCUGUUUUCUCAUUAGGUUAUAUAGGUUGGCAUAUUGAUUUACGUUAUUGUUCUGCUGUACAUCAAUUACCUUUCGCUUUGCCAAAUCCUCAAUUACACGCGUGGUGGCACUUUACGGCAUCUUAUGGUUCCUACUUGAUAUGUGUAAUAAUUACUUAUGACAGAGCAAAAUUAUUAGGUAAAAAGCCCACUCUUAAAUGGAUUUUUAACAUGUUACCAUUUAUUCAGUUAUCAACAUUUGAUGAAUCACGUGAUGAAAAGAGUUCAUUGAAGAAAAAGGAGGAAUUAUUAUAUGAUGAUGUGAACAAGCAGCCUGAUGAAAAAACUUCAUUGUUGGAGAAAUUUUAG